AUGAUUAAACAUAAAGUAUCAAUUAAUAUAACAAAAAAGAUAGCUUUAAUAGAUGGCAAAGAGUGUGAACUAGUUUAUCCAGAUGAAUGUUUAAGGUCAAAUGGUAAUUAUAAAUUUGAAUCAAAUUCUGAAAAUUUUUGUCUUAUGAAAUCCAAAAUUGAGGGUAGAGUAAAAAAAGUUUUUGUAAAAAAUGUAGAGUUAAUAGAUCAACUUAUUUCAAUUGGAGAAAAUAAUUUUUUUAUAAAAAAUUGUUCAAAUGUAGACUUAUAA